CGGCAGCCCAGUCCAGCACAAGAGGCGAGUCUCGCUGCCGACCACCACUGCACUGGCUGCCGCAGCCCCCGACGUGUCUGGUUGUUCAGCAGACUGCAAGUUUGGUGAAGUUAUUUUGAGAGAAAAGUUCCUUACUUGACUCGACACCUUCGUCCUUCCACCAUGUUCUGCAGAAGCUUUAGUUGGUCCAUCCGCAUUUUUGUGGCGGUGGCCAUAUUUACUGGCUACUGUCACCCAGUUCCUGUUACAGAAUCCUAUACCGGAGUCACCUUGCAUACUUCAACAACCGACAACUCAGCCACUGCACUGGCAGCCACUCCCACCUUCCCCUUGGGAAACUGUGUUCCAGAAUCCCUCACACAGGGACGAGUUCAGGAGGCUGAGAAGGCCACGGCCGUGGAUCUGGGUGCCCUGCUGGACGCCGGGGACGGCGCUGUGGUGACUCUGCUGGCCGGGGACACGCGGCUUGUGGCGCACAGGGCUGUCUUGGCCGCCAGGAGUCCCGUGUUUGCGGACAUGUUCCGUCGCGUCAUCUUAGAGGCUAGCAGCGGCCAGCUCGUACUCUCGGACACAGAGGGUCCUGUGCUGCGCCAGGUGCUGGCAUACCUCUACGCCCUGCAGGUGCCCCAGCUGCCCAGCAUGGCCCCAAAGCUGCUGGUCGCCGCCGACGUAUACGGCCUGUCGGUACUGAAAGCGCACUGUGAGCAACAGGUGGUCGCCCAGCUAUCUGUCGAGACUGCGGCAGCUGCAGGUGUUAUCGCGAUUAGGCAUUCCGCCAACAGGCUGAAGCAGGCCGCCGUCGCCUUCAUAAAGGCCCACUUGCUCCGUGUGAUGGCGACGCAGGGCUGGGCUGAGGCUGUAGUCAACGACCCACAAACUGUUGUGGAGUUGACUCACCUGAUUGCAGAGACACCGACAGACACCAGCACGCCAAGCGCUGGAGAGAGCAGGACCGGCCCCUCCUCGCAGACGCACAGUGGUCUCAGCGACGACGACCAGAGGCCAGCCACAGCUGUGCCUCCCACCCCUCCCCAGACGACUCCCCAGCCUGGUGACGUAGCCAUCUCUCUCCUGCGGAAUCUUUCUGGAGAACAGAAGGGCGAGAUGCUGAUCGCGGCAGCUAAGGAGGGGUCAGUGAGCGAGCUGCGAACUUUGCUGGCUGUGGGGGCGGACGUGGAGGCUAAGAACGAGAACAGUCAGACUGCACUGCACUUGGCUGCAGCCAUGGGGCACGUGGAGGUGGUGAGGCGUCUGCUGGAGGAAGGAGCAGGCGUUAACGCCAGAGACCGCUGGCAGAACACGCCUCUGCAUCAGGCUGCAUGGAAUGACAAUGUGGCUGUGGUGCAGCUGCUGUCAGCAUCCUCUGCCGACCCCAACGCCAGCGAUAGCAUUGGGAACACACCACUGCACGAUGCGGCACGGCGUGGCCACCCAGAUGUGGCGACUGCGCUACUGAAGGCAGGGGCAGACAGGGAAGUCAGGAAUGACAAUGGGGAGACACCGCUGGACCUAGCCGAGCGGAACAACCACCAGCGGCUCAUAGACAUCCUAGGAUCAAGCUAAAUAUAGUGCAAACGACUCUGGAGUAAAAUAAAAAAAGCCUUCUAUGUGAUCUUUGUCACUUAUAAAAUUAAGAAUACAGAAAAGUUUAUCCUCCA